ACUGAAGCUUAAACUAGGAGGAAAAAAAAGGGCGAACUGAUUAGAAAUCUUUUGGAAGGAGGUUAUUUAGCCUGCUAAGAUGUUAAACGGGAAAACAACUGCUGCUGAAAAGGACGGAACUGUAAAAGUUGUUAUUCAGAUGAUCGUGUUUACCUUCAUUAUAAUUGCUACAUUUGUAGGCAACGGUUUAAUCUGUAUUUCGGUGGUGAAAUUCCGCCAUCUGAGAACAAACACGAAUUUCAUCUUGCUUAGCUUGGCGCUGACUGAUUUGACAAUGGUAACAAUAAUGAUUCUUAACGCUACAACCACCGCUAUCGGAAAGUGGAUUUUUGGCGAGUUUUGCUGUCGUGCGAUCGCCUCUGUUGGUCUCACGUUGUCGUUUAUUUCAAUUCUUCAUAUGUGUUUGCUGAGCGUUGAUCGCUAUAUCGCCAUCCAGAAACCACUUCGUUAUCAAUUUAUAGUUACAAGAAGAAGAGUGAUAACAAUUUUGUUGCUAAUUUGGGUGUCAGUGAGUGUCACUCUGAACAUACCACUAGCUGACUUCGAGUUCCGCGCAGACACUUAUGGGUGCACAAGUGACUCCAACCGUGACUCCAGUGAAGAUUCCGUGUAUAUUUUCUUCCUUGUGGGACUAUUUAUCAUUUUUCCAUUUGGAAUAAUUUUCUUCUCCAACGUUGUUGUCUUUAAAACCGCCUUCACACAAGCAAGGCAGCUGAGCAGAGUUGAACGAAGCCUGCGCGAAUCAUCCGCAAACAUGUGUGAAGAAAGCGAGCCACAACACUCAACGAGAACUGUCGAAACACACUCUUUGAAGCGGGAAAUAAAAUCAGCCGGGACUUUCGCCUUGGUUGUUGGAAUAUUUCUGCUCUGUUAUACGCCAUUUUACACGGCUGGAACAUACAGAAAAAUUGCUGGACCUCUGAAGGUUCCUCGUAAUGUGCUAGUAACGACAAUGUGGGUUGGGUUUGCCAAUUCGUUUUGCAACCCAAUUGUCUAUGGAUUGAGGUAUUCACCAUUUCGGAAGGCCUUCAAAAAAUUAUGCCCCUUAAAAUCAAAAGGGAAUAGGAAAAGAAAUUACAGUUAUAAUUCUUCAAGUGAUCGGCGCGAUCGAUUUGGAACGGUUUUGUCAACUAGUUCUGCUCUGUAAUUUUAAAUUCUCUGUCGAGUCGUAAAAUAGCUGUUUUUCUCUUUUUUAAGGUUCGAUUUAGAUCUCGCAUUUUCUCAAGUAGCAGGUGCAAGGUCAGAAUUUGUUUCGUUUAUUAGCAAGUCUCAAGUUGACAACGUCAAAAUGAAAACAAAACUAUUUUAUCUACAAUGACAAAACGUUAAGCUGGUAGAGUAGGAAGUAACAGGCUUGUAUCUUGUACACAAAAAAUCGUUUCUUGUACCUUGAAUUUAAAAGAGCUAACAGCAAAUAAUUUCAUUGUAAAAUUGAUAUUCUGUACGUAUUAAUUUAGUUUGUAAAAUGUAGAUCGGUUGCGGUCUCGAUUAAGAAAGAUUAUUGCCAAGUAAUUUGAAUUUGAAUCAAUGCGAAAUGUAUUUAUUCUAAGCUUCUUACAUCUGACAGCUGUUUCAUCGUCAACUCUUAUUACAGUGCUGACAAAAUGCCGUUUUUUACAGUUUAUUUAUUUGGUACUGGGCGGUCAGUCUGACCACGUAGUGUUAAGGGAAAUUUUUCCUGGAAAAACUCAAGCAAGCUGAAUAAAGUUAUAAACGAGGAGACGGCUUUUAAGUUCGUCACAGCAUGGGAAGAAUCAUAUGACGUCAUUACAAGACAGCUGAGCAUCAGACAAUAUACAUUCAUGAAAAAAGGGUCGCUAUUCAAGUGGAAAACAGCAAGGAGCUGAAUAUAUUUUAUCAUUUCAAGCUGUGAAAGUGCAUUUACUGAAAACAUUCAUUGAAGAAUUACUCAAAAAGUAAAUGAUUUUCAUGUAUGUUU